CGCAGUCGGCUUUUUCGUCGAACGCGAGCUCACAGAAAUUCAGUGUGUGUUUGCAACUUGCGCCUCGUGACAGUAGAGAUACGUGCGAGGAAGCGUAUAUAUGUCACAUCGCGAUCCGACGAUCUUACGUGGUCCUUCGAGCGCGAAAUAAUUUUUAAAACUUCCAACUAAGAAAAAAAAAUCAAAACGUGAUUUUUUUUUCUAACAAGAGCAGUACAGUUUACUGAUAAAUGAGCGUCAAUAGUUACAACUACCAAUAAAAUAUUUUACGGCUCAUAAACUUUUUGUAUACAAGGUGCCGCAUCAUUGACAGUGAUUUAUGUGCACUUUGAGAGAAUAAGUGUUUUUGCGGUGUUUAGAAAAAAAAAGCGCAUUUUAAUUAAUCUUGCUGGAGGUCAUCGCUGAAUGUUAAAUGUUUUUUAGAUCCCCGUUUCUCAUUUCGGUAUUUUUUCUCUUUUUUCCAUAAUCCUUCUGACUCGCCUACUGUGGACUUUUUUACACCUGUUCUCGUAUCAUUACGACUUACCCUCUGGACUUAACCCGCUGUGAAUUUUCAUCGACACCAUCGUCGCCACCAUCGCGGACCCCGUGGCGUGCGCCGCACCCACCCUGUACGACCAUGUGGUACACCCUCCGGGACCUUCACCAGCCUCUGCCGCGGGCUCCUCCACCGGGGUAGCCUGGUGGACCAUGAUGAACGGAGGCUUAUACGAAGAAAGUCCACCACCAGCCCCUCAGAGCGCCGCAACCCCAAGUGGAACCAGUGGGAUGACCAGUCCACCAGCGGCUGCACCUCCUGCUGCUACCACUUCGGUCACAUCCAGCUCAAGUCCCGCAAGUGUCACCAGUAACAGUGGUUCAGCAGGACCUCUACACAUUCCCGCCAAAAGACUGACCAGCUCUGGAGGUUAUGGGGAGUGUGCCGAUGGUGGUGUUAUAAGGCAGAACCACUGGGCUUCCUAUUCACCAGAUAAUCACACGGCAUUCGAGCCGGGCUUAAAUCAUCAGUACACGAAUCCGAGCUACUACAAUUUGCCCACAGACCCGAAUGGGAGUAGAGAUCAUAAACCUCCACUUCCGUUUCAAGUUUGGUCGCCGGCAGCUACCGCAUCAUCGGCUACUCCGGAAUAUAAGUACAAUAGGGGCAGUGUGGGUACUGACCCUUCCGUACCAUCUUCUUGCCAUCAGUCGUUUGGAACUAGUUCAUGGUAUAACUCCCCGUACCCUUCGGUCGCUCGUCAUCAAGUAGACGGACCUUACCUGACUCCUACAGAUGAACGAGGAAGAGUUCCCGGCCUUGAUGCUGGAUUUUCGCACCACGACAGAAGUUAUGGUUUGGGGAAUUAUGGGCCUCCUGAGACGGUACCGUCCACACCUUAUCCACCACCUGGUGCACUGGGUUCGAUGAGCGUAGGAGUAGGAGCCUGCGGAGGAAGCGGAAACCCUCUCGAAUGGACCGGUCAAGUAACGGUGCGUAAAAAGCGUAAACCCUAUUCGAAGUACCAAACGUUGGAACUCGAAAAAGAGUUUCUUUAUAACGCGUACGUUUCCAAACAAAAAAGAUGGGAACUAGCGCGAAACCUGAACCUCUCGGAGAGACAGGUAAAGAUCUGGUUCCAGAACCGACGGAUGAAGAACAAAAAGAACUCACAGAGGCAGGCGUCGCAGCAGCAGAACAACAAUAACUCAGCAACGAAUAACCAGAAUCACCAUCACCAUCCGGCCCAUUUACAUCCGCAGCAGCACGUGGUGAACCAUCACGUUGCUGCUAAUGGCGCAUUGAAAAUUCAUCAGUGACCAAUGGGGUUUUCUGCGGUUAUGUUGGGUAGCAAUCAGCAUGGUUUGAAUGCGACCUGAUCGCGCUGUUAUUGAAUUUUAAAAUGUCCUUGAGUUAGGGUGUAAUUUUUUAGCGGUUCUUACACGUUAAGUGUUAUGGAGGUUCAUAACGCAAUAAGGGUUAUAUUCAGGAGCGGUUAGACUGUUUAAACUAUUAGCAAUAUUAAAAGUACCUUUUUUUUUGAAAAUAUCAUCCCAGGAUCAAUUCUGAUCUUUUUUAUCUUAGAUUUCGUAUAGAGGUCGAAAAACUGGUUAAAAGAUAAGUACGGUAAUAAAAAAAAAAUGAAUUUUUCUUAAUUUUUUUUUCUAAUUUUCUGAUCUUGUAGCAAAAUAUUUUAUUAAAUAAAAUCCUGAAGAGGUUAAAAAAACACGCGAAAAAAAAAAAAAUUUAACUUGUAAAAUGACUUAAUAAUUAUAUGAGGAAACACGCACAAAAACAAUUUAAUUAAAUUUAAAAUUUAACUUAAAAAAACUUCUUCAAUAAAUUUUUUAGAAGUCGCACAAAAAAAUUUGCUCUUAAAAUGAUACAAAU